AUGUCUUUGGAGUAUGAAACAGAUGAUGACGGCACAUCUGAUUCUUCAGGAGAAGACUCCACUGUUAAGAAUUCCCUUCCAUUACUAUCCAGUCCCUCUACACAUGGUGGUUGUCUUCCAGAUCCCUCCCAUCUCACCACUCAUCCCAAAAGCCAGGAGGGUGCAAAAUUCCACUGUUCUGUAUGCGGCAAAAGUUUUUCCCAGAAACGCAUUCUUAUUGGCCACGAGAGACUUCACACAGGAAAAGAACGUACUGGCGAGAGGCCAUUCUCCUGCGCAGAAUGCGGAAAGAGCUUCAAACAGAAGUCCAAUCUUGAUGCGCAUCAGAGCACUCACUCAGGAGAGAAGCCUUUUUCCUGUGCAGAGUGCGGGAAGUGCUACGCAUGGAAGGUCCAGCUCACCAUCCACCAGAGAAGUCACACAGGGGAGAAGCCCUACUCCUGUUCUGAGUGCGGUAAAUGCUUUACAGUAAAAUCGGUUCUCUCCAAGCAUGAGAGAGUUCACACCAGUGAGAAGCCAUUUUCCUGCUCUGAUUGCGGCAAGGACUUCAGAGAGAAAUCAAAUCUUGAUAGGCAUCGGCGAAUCCACACGGGCGAGAAGCCAUUUUCCUGUUCUGACUGUGGGAAAUGUUUUGCUUGGAAGCUUCAGCUGAUUAUUCAUGAGAGGAGUCACACAGGGGAGAAGCCAUUUUCGUGUUCUGAGUGUGGGAAAUGCUUUACUCUGAAAUCCCACCUCGUUAAACAUGAAAGAGUUCACACAGGGGAGAAGCCUUAUUCUUGUCCAGAAUGCGGUAAAUGCUUUUCCCGGCGGCAAAGGCUCACCUCACACCAGACAAUUCACACUGGUGAGAAGCCGUUUUCAUGUUUGGAAUGCGGGAAGUGUUAUGCCCAUAGUGCUAGUCUCAGCGCACACAAGAAAACCCAUACGGGAGAGAAGCCAUAUUCAUGUUCUGAAUGUGGGAAACAGUUUUCAAAGAAAAACUGUCUUCUGUCACAUCUCGGCUCUCACAAGUGA